GAAGGGGUGGGGGUUAGAAAACCAAGGCGACUGAGGCCACACUAUCUACCUGAGGAAGGCUUCCUGAAGGGCACAGGUGUCAGAACAGAGGAAUUUAACUUUUUCUCAUACAGACCAAAGUCCCAGCCUUCCUUUAAGUUUGUUACCACAGACAAAAGUUAAAAAUGGCGGAGGCUCAUCAGGCCGUGGGCUUUCAGUUCACUGUGCGCCCGGAUGGCGUGGAGCUUAAACUGAGUCAAGAGGUCAUUAAAAACAUCUACCUGUCAGGAUUGACCGUGUGGAAGAAAAAAGCUAUUCAGUUUAAGAACAGUGUUCUGACUGGAGUUUACCCUGCCAGUCCAUCCAGUUGGCUGAUAGUUGUGAUCGCCAUGAUGAGUUCCUUGUACACUAACACUGACCUAUCUCUGGGUAUGAUUGACGCCAUCAAGGAGAACCUGCCGCACAGAGGCUACAUGUCAGCGCAGACCAGAGCAGUGCUGAGCGCCAUCCUGUUUGGCACCGGCCUGUGGCUGUUCCUCAUCUACCUGCUACGCUACACUCUCAAAGCUCUGCUGUCCUACCACGGAUGGAUAUUUGAGUCCCAUGGAAAAAUGAGUUCAUCAACCAAACUGUGGCUGUACCUGGUAAAGAUGUUUUCUGGACGAAGGCCCCUGCUUUACAGUUUCCAAGCUUCGUUACCGAGGCUUCCUGUGCCCCGCGUGGAUGAUACCAUUCGGAGGUAUCUUGAGUCAGUGCGCCCCCUGCUGGACAAAGAGCAGUACAGCCAAAUGGAAACUUUGGCCAAUGACUUCAAAGAAAGCAAAGCCAGUCAGCUGCAGCGAUACCUGAUUCUUAAAUCCUGGUGGGCAACAAAUUAUGUGAGCGACUGGUGGGAGGAGUUCAUAUAUCUCAGAGGCAGGGGCCCAAUCAUGGUCAACAGUAAUUUUUACAUCAUGGAUCUCCUGUAUAUAACUCCAACACACCGACAGGCUGCACGAGCUGGGAACAUUGUCCAUGCUAUGCUGCAGUACAGGCGCAAACUGGAGCGGGGAGAGCAUGCUCCGCUCAGGGCUUUAGGCACAGUUCCCAUGUGUUCCACUCAGAUGGAGAGGAUGUUUAACACCACCCGCAUCCCUGGAAUUGAGACAGAUGUUGUGCAGCACUUGUCGGACCGAAAACAUCUGAUCGUCUAUCACAAAGGGCGCUUCUUUCAAGUGUGGCUGUACACGGGGGGGCGCCAUCUCUUACCCAGUGAAUUGGAAAUGCAGUUUCAAAGAAUCCUAAAUGACACAACAGAACCCCAACCAGGGGAACUGAAACUAGCUGCUCUGACAGCAGGGAACAGAGUUCCAUGGGCCCAGGCUAGAAUCAAACAUUUCAGUCAUGGAGUGAACAAAACAUCUCUGGAUGCCAUUGAAUCCGCUGCUUUCUUCUUGACACUGGACGAUGAGUCACAGGGUUAUGAUGGUGUGAAGAAAAACUCACUAGAUAGUUAUGCCAAGUCCCUGCUGCAUGGGAAAUGCUAUGACAGGUGGUUUGACAAGUCCUUCACCCUGAUUUCGUAUCCGAACGGAAAAAUGGGUGUGAAUGUGGAGCAUUCUUGGGCUGAUGCACCAAUAGUAGGACACAUGUGGGAGUAUGUUCUUGCAACAGACUGCUUCCACUUGUGCUACUCAGAGGAGGGUCAUUGCAAAGGGGAUGCAAACCGGGGCCUGCCUUUCCCUACUCGACUGCAAUGGCAGAUUUCAAAGGAGUGCCAAGAUGUCAUUGAAGCAUCAUACCUUUCAGCCAAAAAGAUAGCUGAUGAUGUGGACUUCCAUGGCCAUUUGUUCACCGAGUUUGGAAAAGGCUUGAUUAAGAAGUGCAGAACAAGCCCUGACGCCUUCAUUCAGCUGGCUCUGCAGCUGGCACAGUUCAGGGAUCAAGGUGUGUUCUGCCUGACGUACGAGUCUUCCAUGACUCGUAUGUUCAGAGACGGACGGACGGAGACGGUCCGUUCCUGCACCUCUGAGGCUGUUGCUUUUGUCAGAGCUAUGGAGGAUGUCAGUGCAACGAACGCCCAAAGACUUUCUUUAUUCCAAAAAGCAGCAGAAAAGCAUCAAAACAUGUAUCGCCUGGCAAUGACUGGCUCUGGAAUCGAUCGUCAUCUCUUCUGCCUUUACAUAGUGUCCAAAUACCUCGGUGCUGACUCUCCUUUUCUUAACAAGGUCCUGUCAGAGCCGUGGAGGUUGUCCACCAGCCAGACUCCUCAGCAACAGCUCAACUUGGUUGACAUCAACAAGUUUCCUAAAUAUGUGGGUGCUGGUGGUGGAUUUGGCCCAGUGGCAGAUGACGGCUACGGUGUGUCUUAUAUCAUUGUUGGGGAAAACCUCAUCACAUUCCACAUCUCCAGCAAGUUCUCCAGCCCGAACACUGACUCUUACAGGUUCGGCCAGAACAUUCAGAGAGCCAUGAUCGAUAUCCAAACGCUUUUUACGCUUGAACACGACAAGAAGACACCAGAUUGUUUGCAGCUGCAAAAUGGGAAAAAGCACAUCUGACACGCUGGGAGGAAAGGUCAAAGCCACCAACAGUUGCCAGUGAUGUGUUGCACUUGACAUUCUCCUGCUGCUCUGCAGAGUCAGGUGAUUUCCAAAACAGCCACGCAAAAGGAAACGUUACUGUAACGCUAAUUUAUUUGAAAUUUGUUGUAUUUUAGACACAUUUUAUCUAAUGCUUUGGAAACUUGUUUCAAUUUUGUCUUGUAUUUUCUUAUACUGUAUAUAAAAUGAAUGUGGAUUCAGCUAAAAGGUCUAAACUGUGAACAUUGUUGGUUUUGCAUGUGAAACUUCUGAGCUCGCUAAAAUUGCAUUUUUGUUGAGUAACAUAAAAAUGGCAUUCUUUCUAGGCUGGAUUUAUUGCUCACAAUAAAGAAAAUCUUUUGA